CAGUGUGGUGUGUGUCGGACAGAAAGGUGUGAUGUGUGUGCUAAGGUGUGUGUUUGAGCUGCUGUGUGUGAGUGUGUGUGUGUGUCUGAACCUGUUGGAUGAAGCUGUGAUGUUCAGCGGACCGUCAGGAAGUCUGUUUGGAUUUUCUGUCGACUUUCACACCUUCAACAACAUGUCCUUCGUUGUCAUUGGAGCUCCCAAAGCCAAUACCAACCAAUCAGGAGUGACGGAGGGAGGAGGCGUGUUUCUCUGCCCCUGGUCACCUGAAGAUGGGACCUGUGACAUCAUUGACUUUGACCAGGAAGGUGAUGAGGUCCACAGCAGCUCCGGUCUGUCCUUUCACACCUUCAAGAGUCAGCAGUGGUUUGGAGCUUCAGUUCGAUCAGUCAGCAACACGCACUUACUGGCCUGUGCGCCGCUCUUUCAUUGGAACGCUCAGAGGCAAGGGGCGGAGUCAGGGAAAACACCUGUGGGAAACUGCCUCCUAUUGGACCAGCGGACGGGAAACUCCACCUCCUUCUCCCCCUGCAGAGGAACCAUGAUGGACGGGGACUACAAACGCAUGAGCAACAGAAAUGACCAACGCUACUGUGAGGUGGGCUUCAGCGCUGAUAUCACCAAGGAGGGCCGGCUGCUGCUCGGAGCUCCAGGAAGCUUUUAUUUUCAGGGUCAGGUCAUCACAGUGGGAGUGAAUGACAUCAUCAACAGUGGGCGGCGCAACGAUCCUAUCCAUUAUACAGCUGGUAUCAGCCAAUCAGAUGAGAGGGGAGGUUAUGACCUUUACCGUGGUUACUCGGUGGCCAGUGGUCUGCUGACUGGAGACUCCACACCAGAUUAUCUGGUCGGCGUUCCGAAUGACAGACACACAGCAGGAACAGUGAAGAUCUACGAUGGCAGGAGCAGCGGAUCACUGACAGCCUAUCACAGCUUCCAGGGCACUCAGGUAGCGUCCUACUUUGGACACAGCGUGGCUGUAGCUGACAUCAACAGUGACGGUUUAGACGACGUGCUGAUCGGAGCUCCUCUCUUCAUGGACAGAGUGACGGAGCAGCUGCAGGAGAGAGGACAGGUGGUUUUGUACCUGCAGAGAAGACACGCCUCCUUCUCCUCUCAGCCUGACCAGUCACUGAUUGGCUUCUCUCUAUAUGGGCGGUUUGGCUCCGCCCUGGCUGUGCUGGGCGACCUGGACAUGGACGGUUACCAUGAUGUUGCCAUAGGGGCUCCCUGGUCAGGUGACAGUGGACAGGUAUUCAUUUACCUGGGCAAUGCUAAUGGGCUGUCAGCCGCGCCAUCCCAGGUGAUUGACAGCCCGUUGGCAAGCGGCAGAACGGCAUUUGGCUUUACUCUGAGAGGUGGGGCUGACGUUGACGAGAAUGGAUACCCAGACCUGCUGGUCGGCGCGUGGGCUGCAGACAGAGCUUUUGUGUACAGAUCCCGAGCGGUGAUCCGGACCAGAGUUUCUCUGUCUCUGCUGCCGGACUUCCUGAAUCCAGACUCCAAAUUGUGUCAGCGAGAAAACACACCUGUGUCCUGUUUCGUCAUCCAGAUGUGCGUCUACGUGUCCGGUCACAGAAUUCCACAGCAGACAGCACUGGGGCUGGAGUUACAGCUGGAUAGGAUGAAGCAGCCAAUGGCAAGACGGACUCUGCUUCUUUCGACCAAUCAGCCACAGGGUACGAUGAAGCUGAUGGUUCAGCGGGAGGUGGGCGUGGUCUGCGUCAAUCAGACUGCCUAUCUGAGGUCUGAAGAUGAUGUUCGGGAUAAGUUGAGUCCGAUCUUCAUCACUGUCGAUAUUAGCCUCCUCGACUCUACCCAGCAUGCUUUACUGCAUGGACAAACACACGCUGCUGCACAGACCAGGAUCAUUCUGGAUUGUGGAGACGACAACAUCUGUGUUCCUGACCUGAAGCUGAGAGCUGAGCCCCUGUCAGACAGCGUGCUGGUCGGUGAGGAUCAGUCGGUGUUGCUAUCAGUGUCUGCAGAGAACGAUGGUGAGGGAUCGUACGAGACUGAGCUGGUCAUCCAAAUCCCCAAACACACACACUUCCAGAGCAGUCAGGGUGUUAACAGACUGGUGUGUGUUCAGAGGAAAGAGAACCAGACUGUCAUUGUGACCUGUGACCUCGGCAACCCCAUGAGACAAGGACACACACUGCAGACGGGUCUUCUGUUCAGUGUCGGUCAUCUGGAGGAGGUGGAGAGACACAUCACCUUUAAACUCAGAAUCAGGAGUAAGAACUCAGUGAAUCCCGACAGUAACGUUGUCACAGUGAAGGUUGUGGUGAAAGCUGAGGCCACGCUGGAGAUCAGGGGAGGCUCCUCCCCUGCAGAAGUUGUCCUGCCCCUCCCUGACUGGCAGCCUGCAAUGCAUCCUGAGAGUUUAGAGGAAGUGGGUCCACUGGUGGAACAUGUUUAUGAGUUGAGGAACCAGGGUCCCAGUGAGGUCAACGCCCGGCUGACGGUGGACUUCCCCUCCACCUGGCAACAUCACCUCCUGCUCUACAUCUUCUCCAACGCCUCUGAAGAAUCACUGAGCUGCCGAACCCUGAACGCAUCGCAGAUAGACCCCUUCAAGCUGGUUGGUAAUUCCUCCAGUGUUUCUGUAGUUUCUCAGUUGAUCCAGCAGGAGGAGACAAACUCAGACAGUCACACUGUUCAUGUGAACUGCAGCAGCAGUGAGUCAGGCUGUGUCAAGUUUGUGUGUGAUGUCACAGCGUUGGGGCGUGGCUUCAGUGCUGUCGUCAGAAUCACGGCCAGACUGUGGACACACACUCUCACACAGACUCCCUACCUGAACUAUGACCUUGUGUCCUCCGCUUCCUAUGAUGUCAUCAACGCAUCAUCGAAGGUCCAACCACUGCUGCUGCCGAGUGGACACACGCAGACUCGGCUCAGUGUGUUGUGGCGUCCUCCGGAUGGAGAGAAAGACGUUCCUAUUGGUUACAUCAUCCUGUCAGUAAUCUCUGGACUCCUCCUUCUGAGCAUUCUCUGUUUCAUCUUCUGGAAGAUGGGUUUCUUUAAGCGUACUCGCCCCCCAACUGAUGAAGAUGAGGAUGAUGAUAACUAUGAUGAAGAGCAGCAGCUGGCUGGGGAGAAUGACAUGACUAAAUAACACACACACACACACAAAGGUCACACACACGAUUUUCUUUUUUUGAUCACAAUUGAUCACACACUUAGAUGAUUGAUAUUGAUCAUCAAUAUUCAGUAUCAGUGCGGCCAGGAGGACGGCUUGUUGCUUCACCUGUGAGUGUGUGUUCACCUGUGUGUGUGUUCACCUGUGUGUGUGUGUGUUCACCUGUGUAUGUGUGUGUUUGUGCUCACCUGUGUGUGUGUGUGUUCACCUGUGUGUGUGUGUGUGUUCACCUGUGUGUGUGUGUGUGUGUCUCACAGUAUAAACUUGUUGUUAUGAAUCAGAUCAUUGAGGCUUCCUUUGCUCCUGCUGAACUUUAGUAUUAUUAUAUUAAUUAUUAUUACUGUUGGAACACGAGUGAACAGCUUUCAUUGGAUAGUGAUGAUGUGAUGAUGAUGGUGAUGAUGGUGAUGAUGAUGGUGAUGAUGGUGAUGGUGAUGAUGAUGAUGGUGAUGAUGGUGAUGAUGGUGAUGAUGAUGGUGAUGGUGAUGAUGAUGAU